CAUAACUAAAUCAAUGAAAACAAUAACAAAAGAUAAGCUGAAAGAUUGAUUCAUCAAAUAAUAUUUCAAUUAAUUAAAAUGUCUUGGUUUAAUCUAUGGGAUGGAUUGAAAACUAAGACGUGCAGAUACCUCUUACAAAGGUAUUUGGGACAGUUUUUUGAAAAUAAUCUAAAUUUAGAACAGUUAAAAGUGGAUCUUUACAAUGGAAAAGCUGUUGUUGAAAAUAUUUCACUAAAAGUAAAUGCUAUAAAUGAAUUAUUUGAAGAGCAGGGUUGGGCUUUUGAAGUUAUUUCUGGACACAUUGGAUGUUUGACCGUAAUGGUACCAUGGAAUGCUUUGAUGACAAAUGACAGCUCUCUAAACAUCUCAGAUAUGACAAUAACUGUGAGGCCAGUAACCCGGUCUCAAAGUGCCACAACCAUGCUAGAAUCGAUGUGGUCAUCUGUAAGCAGCUCUAUGCAAAUGGCAGAAGAAUGUAUGAAGCAAAUCGAUGAAGACAUACCGUUUUUAAACCACAGCAACACACUAGUUGGACUAGAAAAAUUUGCUGAAACAAUUGAUAAUGUUCUUAAUCGCAUACACGCCAAAUUAAGCAAUACGACUCUGAAUAUUGAGUAUAAGCUGCCGAAAUCUUCCAAGAAACUUGUCGUUGUGCUUAAAGCAAAUCAUGUAGAGUAUAAAAACCAAACUGGUUAUGAGAAGAAUACAACUCAAUGUAAAGAACCAGGCAGAACGAAUAAAACUGAUGAGCAAGCUCCCUUUAUUAAUACAUUACCAAUGAUUGCUAAACAUCACUUAGUGACAACUGAGUUAACUAUAUGGACUACUGAAAUAAAUAACAGAGAAAUACAACAAAUGGAAAUUGGACGACUAUGUAAAAUUGUUGAAUUUAUAGGAGACCAAAACUUUAAAAUUAGCAUUAAACAAACUGAAAAUAUAGUUGGGCCGAAAGUGAACUUGGAAAUAGUAAUUGACCACAUUUAUACGAUGCUUACGCCACGUCAAAUCAAACUCCUUACUCGUAUUUCAAAGGCAUUUAAUAAAGAAAAUCCACAAGAUAAUAAUAAAAUAUUAAAACCGUAUGAAGACAUUAAACCGGAAAAUUGUAAUAUAUCCUAUCCCAUGAGAACGGCUGACAUUAUUGACAAAGAUGUUGAUUGGGACUAUGCACAAAAGUCGAAAUUACUUAACGAUUUUGAAAGAACUAAAAAUUGUGAAUCGAUUAUAUCAACCACAUCCACAAAUAGUAUGGCAACUACGUUUAGUAAUACUCAAAUAAACGUCGGAAGCAACGAAAUUUCAGGAGAAAUUUUGAAAUUUAAAAUUCAAAUAUUCAAAAUUGUUGGAAUAAUUUUACAUAAUGAAAUUCUAUUGGAAAGUUCUGCAUGCAAUAUUGCUCCGAAUUACAUAUUUACAGAUGAGAGUGUAAUAAAAUAUUCAAAAAUGGCUGAUCAUUUUUUUCCGAGUACACGUAAAAUGGAUAAUUUACUAAACAGUUCAAUCCCAAUAUCAAACAACAACUAUAUUUUUUGUAUGAUAUCCUCGUUAUUGGUCAAUGGAGAGCAGCAAAGAUUUUGUCAAGAGUUAAUAUUGAAGACAACAUUAUCAGCUACAAUGGUGGAUUUCAAUGAAAUUGUUGACAAUGUAGAGUAUCCCCUCAUUUUAUUUGAUAGAAAAAAGAAUUGUUUCGAAGGAUAUCACACUCGUCCUGAAUUCGUUCUAUCCCAUACAUCUUCAUGCUUCUUUAAACAGAAUUCAAACAGAAGUAGCAAUAAAAUUGAAUGUAUUCUUGAUGAGUGUACUAUAGAUAUGGAUAUUACAAUUUAUGAUCGAUUGAGUGAUCUGCUUGAGUUGUCUCCAUUCGACAAAGAGAGUGAUACUAACAAGCCAUUGCAAGAUGACUCAAUCCCAAUGGAUAUUCACUUGAAGUGCAAUUCAUUCAAGUUACAGAUUAGAUUUCCAAUCGUUGAUGGCAGAUUACUUUUGGAUCCAAUGAAAGUAUCGGGUCUAGAGAAAAAUAUACGAAACGAUUAUAUCUUAAUUGAUUUUCGAAAUAUUUUGGUUGAGUGGAAAUCCUUUAUUAGUAUCAUUGUUGAUGAAGUUAAUGGAUUUUACUGUGGUGAAGCAUUUGAAAACAAUAUGCACGUUAUGAAAUGUUCGAGUCGCAUUAUGGGCGAGAAUAUAACUCCAGAGAAUGAAAAAAUUAAUAUUAAAGUCCAUAUUCAAGACAAAAGAAGUGAUUGUUCUGAGACCAAUAAAAAACAUGAAAAUAAAUCACCAUUUAGUUCAAAAUGUUCGUAUGGAUUUUCUUCAAAUAUUGAUGGAAUAAAUGAAAGUACAGAUAAAAGAGAAAUAUUUUUGCCUGGAGAUACUGAAGAAAUAAAUGACUUCUGCCAAAGCUCUAAAUAUUACUCCCACAUGAUAGUUUAUAUUUAUAUUCCAAAUAUUAAAAUUGUUUUAGAGUAAGUAUAAAGUUAAAUUAUUAAACUUUUUGCGCUAUCCAUAA